AUGUCUGACCAUGGUGCUGAGAGAAAUCAAGAGCUUCAGCUAUUCACUACACCACAACCAAAAAUCGAAACACCAAACACUAAUACCACUGUAAAUAACAAACAUCAUGCAUCUUCUUCUAUUGUCUCUCACCGCCCCCGAGGGCGUCCUCUUGGCUCCAGGAACAAACGCAAGAUACCUGUCAUAACACAUGACAACACUAAUGUUGUAAGUUCUCAUACGCUUGAGAUUAGUGAUGGAGAUGACAUAUCGAAAAGUAUCUUUGAUUACGCUCAUCGUCAAGGGAGGGCCAUAUGCAUUCUCAAUGGAGAUGGAUUGGUGACACAUGUUAGACUCCGCCUACCCACAGGAAGAGUUGUAACCCUACAAGGAAGGUUUGAGAUUCUUUUGAUAUCUGGGACAAUUUUCCCAACGCCAACAGCAAUGAAUGUUGGAGGAUUGGCAGUUUACUUAUCAGGAACAGAUGAACAAGUGAUUGGGGGAAGUGUGAUGCCCCCAUUGGUGGCUUCAGGUUCGGUGACUUUGAUGGUUGCUUCCUUUGCAAACACUACACUAGAAAAUAUUUCUUCAAUGGUAAUUGACCGAAAAGAACAUCACCUCCCAUGCCUCGAUGGAGUAGGACAAGUAAGAGUAGGUGAUAAUGAUUUGUUCAAUGCUGGAGAUUCAACAUCUGGAACGAGAAACAUUAUGAGUAGAAACAUCAUUUAUCCAUCAUCCUCUACUCAAAAUCAUAUAUUCGAACGGGAUGCUACUGCAACCGUAAUUCGCCCACCAAAACAUCCCCGCUUCUAG